AAUGUGUGCAGGAUGAGUGUAGAAAUAAAGGACAGAGUGAGGCUGUGGUCAGAGAGGAGGAGCUUUCUUAGUCCUCAGCUGUUUCCAGGAAGCUGCUGCAGCUUCAUCAUGUCUCAUAUUAACGUCAUCUAAAGGUGCAGCAGCUGAUCUUUGCUCUUUGUGUCUCAGAGUGACGGCAGCCUGCAGACACAGAGGAGGAUUUUCUCUCAGACCUGGUCCAGACAGCAGAGAGCUGCAGAGGAAGAAGCUGAGUGAAGGUAGAAAGUGUGUGUGAGCUGCUGUGAGUUGAGCAUCAUGGAUGAGUGUGAGGACAGAGAGGAGGGAGUCCCUCCCUCUAAAAGCUCUCUGUGUGGGGAACAGGAGAACCAGAGCAAAGCUCAGAGGAAUCCACCUGGACCUGGACCUGGACCUGGACCUGGACCUGGACCUGCAUCCAGCUGGGUGUCCUUAAAGAGCGACUGGUCGAUGGGUCGCUUAAUUAACUUUAAAAAUGAUCAACCUCCUGCUGCAGAGAAAAUCCAUCAGAGACCAGAGUCCUCUGGACCUGGACCUUCAUCCAGCUGUGUGUCCUUCAGGAGUGACUGGUCUAAGGAUAAUCCUAUUGAAUUCAAAGGAGAGCAACCUCCUGCUGCAGAGGGAGUGGAGCAGCAGAACUCAGAGGUUCCCAGAGCUCAGUCUGUCCAGCAGCAUCACCUGGACUCCAUAUUCAUGCUGCUGGAGGACAACAUGGUGACUUUUGUGAAGAAGGAGCUGAAGAAGAUGCAGAAGGUUGUGAGUCCAGAUUAUCCAGAAUGCUCAGAGAGUCAGAGGGAGGAUAAGGAGGAGUUGGAGGGUGAUGAUGAAGAGGAGAGGAGCAGCAGAGAGAUGUUUGAGCAGAUCACAGUGUUGUUCCUGAGGAGGAUGAAGCAGGAGAAGCUGGCUGACUGUCUGCAGAGCAAACUUGCUGCUGCAGUUUGUGGACGUAAACUUAAAUGUUCUCUGAAGAAGAAGUUCCAGAGAGUGUUUGAGGGCAUCGCUAAAGCAGGACAGAAGACCCUCCUGAAUGAGAUCUACACAGAGCUGUACAUCACAGAGGGAGGGACUGCAGAGGUCAAUGAUGAACAUGAGGUCAGACAGAUUGAAGCAGCAUCCAGGAAAGCAGACAGAGCAGAAAGAAGCAUCAGACCAGAGGACAUCUUUAGAGGCUCACCUGGAAGAGAUGGACCAAUCAGAACAGUGAUGACACAGGGAGUGGCUGGCAUCGGGAAAACAGUGUUAACACAGAAGUUGACUCUGGACUGGGCUGAAGACAAAAGCAACCAGGACAUCCACUUCAUGUUUCCAUUGACUUUCAGAGAGCUGAAUGUGCUGAAAGAGAGAAAGUUCAGCUUGGUGGAACUUGUUCAUCACUUCUUCAGUGAAACCAAAGCAGCAGGAAUGUGCAGCUUUGAAGACUUCCAGGUUGUGUUGAUCUUUGACGGUCUGGAUGAGUGUCGCCUUCCUCUGGACUUCCACAACAAUGAGGUCCUGACUGAUGUUACAGAGUCCACCUCAGUGGAUGUGCUGCUGACAAACCUGAUCAGGGGGAAUCUGCUUCCCUCUGCUCGCCUCUGGAUAACCACACGACCUGCAGCAGCCAAUCAGAUCCCUCCUGACUGUGUGGACAUGGUGACGGAGGUCAGAGGGUUCACCGACCCACAGAAGGAGGAGUACUUCAGGAAGAGAUCCAGAGAUGAGGAGCAGGCCAGCAGCAUCAUCUCCCACAUGAAGACAUCACGAAGCCUCCACAUCAUGUGUCACAUCCCAGUGUUCUGCUGGAUCACUGCUACAGUUCUGGAGGAGCUGCUGAGAAGCAGAGAGGGAGGAGAUCUGCCCAGAACCCUGACUGAGAUGUUCAUCCACCACCUGGUGGUUCAGACCAAAGUCAAGAAGGUCAAGUAUGAUGGAGGAGCUGAGACAGAUCCACACUGGAGUCCAGACAGCAGGAGGAUGAUUGAGUCUCUGGGAAAACUGGCGUUUGAGCAGCUGCAGAAAGGAAACCUGAUCUUCUAUGAGUCUGACCUGACAGAGUGUGGCAUCGAUAUGAGAGCAGCCUCAAAGUACUCAGGAGUGUUCACACAGAUCUUUAAAGAGGAGAGAGGACUGUACCAGGACAAGGUGUUCUGCUUUGUCCAUCUGAGUGUUCAGGAGUUUCUGGCUGCAGUCUACAUGUUCCACUGUUACACCAACAGGAAGGAGGAGGUUCUGGAGGACUUCCUGGGAAAAGACUGGAAAGACAAGAACAGAGACACUCUGGAUGUGUUCCUGAAGAGAGUGAUGGAGAAAUCCCUGAGAAUUAAAAAUGGUCACCUGGACCUGUUUGUUCGCUUCCUUCAUGGCCUCUGUCUGGAGUCCAACCAGAGACUGUUAGGAGGUCUGCUGGGUCGGACAGAGAACCGUCCAGAAAUGGUCCAGAGAGUCAUCAACAACCUGAAGAAGAUGAAGAGUGAUGAAAUGUCUCCAGACAGAAGCAUCAACAUCUUCCACUGUCUGAUGGAGAUGAAGGAUCUCUCAGUACAUCAGGAGAUCCAAGAGUUCCUGCAGUCAGAGAACAGAUCAGAGAAGAAACUCUCUGAGAUCCACUGCUCAGCUCUGGCCUACAUGCUGCAGAUGUCAGAGGAGGUUCUGGAUGAGUUGGACCUGAACAAGUACAGAACAUCAUGGGAGGGAAAACGGAGACUGAUUCCAGCUGUGAGGAACUGCAGAAAGUUUCGACUUUCUGACUGUAGACUCUCAGAGAGUCACUGUGAAGUCGUGUCUUCAGCUCUGAAGUCCAACCCCUCCCAUCUGAUAGAACUGAACCUGAGUGGAAACAACCUGCAGGAUUCAGGAGUGAAGCAUCUUUGUGAUGGACUGAAGAGUCCACACUGUAAACUGGAAGCUCUCAGACUGAGUGGCUGUAAUCUGUCAGAGAGAAGCUGUGGAGCUCUGUCCUCAGUCCUCAGCUCCCAGUCCUCCAGUGUGACAGAGCUGGACCUGACUAACAACAACCUGCAGGAUUCAGGAGUGGAGAGUCUUUCUGCUGGACUGGAGAGUCCACACUGUAAACUGGAAGCUCUCAGACUUUCUGACUGUAGACUCUCAGAGAGUCACUGUGAAGUCGUGGCUUCAGCUCUGAAGUCCAACCCCUCCCAUCUGAUAGAACUGAACCUGAGUGGAAACAACCUGCAGGAUUCAGGAGUGAAGCAUCUUUGUGAUGGACUGAAGAGUCCACACUGUAAACUGGAAGCUCUCAGACUGAGUGGCUGUAAUCUGUCAGAGAGAAGCUGUGGAGCUCUGUCCUCAGUCCUCAGCUCCCAGUCCUCCAGUGUGACAGAGCUGGACCUGACUAACAACAACCUGCAGGAUUCAGGAGUGGAGAGUCUUUCUGCUGGACUGGAGAGUCCACACUGUAAACUGGAAGCUCUCAGGCUGUCAGGCUGUCUGGUCACAGAGGAAGGCUGUGCUUCUCUGGCCUCAGCUCUGAGCUUGAAGACCUCAAAUCUGAGAGAGCUGGACCUGAGCUACAACCAUCCAGGAGACUCAGGAGAGAAGAUGCUGAGAGCUAAAGUGGAGGAUCCACACUGUAGACUGGAAACUCUCAGGGUGACGCCUGCUGGAGUCCGAUGGUUGACACCAGGUCUGAGGAAGUAUUCCUGUCAACUCACAGUCGACACAAACACAGUAAACAGAAACCUCAAACUGUCUGACAACGACAGGAAGGUGACAUUAGUGGAGGAGGAUCAGUGGUAUCCUGAUCAUCCAGACAGUGUUCACUGCAGGCUGAUCCUCCAGAUGGUGUUUCCUACGCGUCCAUCCGCUACAAGAAGAAGAGCAACAGUGAAGCCCAGGUUCAGGGUGAAGAUCAUAGAGAUGAUACAGUGACCUACAGCACUCUCAGCACUUCCUCCACCUCUGCUGGAGCCUCCACUGAUCCCAGGAACCUCUACGCCUCCAUCAACAAGACCAACACAUAAGAGGCCACAGUGUAGCUACAUCUCUAAUCAUUACAUUUGUUUCACACUGAUAAAUUAUCGCUUCAAGCUUCUGAUUA